AUGUCUCAGCAAGACAUCAACUGGUCGAUAUUAUGGGACACCGGUACCUGCCUCACUUGUUGUGCUCUGACAGAGGCCAAUGAUUGGUCAAUCAGACAUCCAUACGUCGCAACUGGACUUCUAACGUGCAUCUGUAAUUAUCCUGAACUCGUUCUGACACCAUUGCGGCUCGCGCGUUAUACAUGUUUCCUCCCAUUUCGGUUGAUCCUUUGGCCGUUCAAGCUUUUGGUCAGGUUCAUCCUGUAUAUUUUCGGUUUCAGGAGAGAGGGUGUAGCAAAAGAUUCAUAUGCAUCCCGAUACCAAUCCCGUCGUUAUGGUGGCUAUGUGCCACGGGAAUCCGUCUUUUCAAAAUUCCAGGCGCAAGGGGCUGCUGAUGAUUACGAGGACGAGGAUGAAACAGAAUCGACAUUUGCGGAUCCUGUGAUUUUGAUGUCGGGUAUUGGAGUUUACUAUGUCUUAGGCAGGGAGUGGGGAUGGUGGUAUUGA